AUGGCAUCGCUGGAGAAGCCAUAUGUUGACGAGGCGGAUGUGGUGGUGGACGAGAAAGAUCGCAAGCAUGUUUUCGUUGAGAGUGACAUCUCGCUGGAGCAGAGAACGGCUGAAGCUCGCGUCCGACGCAAGGUCGACUGGCGGCUGAUUCCCAUCCUGGGCAUCCUCUACUCCAUCGCCGGUCUGGACCGCGUGAACCUCUCCAACGCACGUGUCGCCGGCAUGAACCAAGAUCUCAGUUUCGAUGUCGGAAAUCGCUACUCUAUCGCCCUUCUCGUCUUCUUCAUCACGUACUUCCUCUUCGAGCUGCCCACCACCCUGGCGCUAAGACCCAUCGGCCCGAAGAUCCUGCUCAAUGGUCUGGUCUUUAGUUGGGGCAUAGUGAUGCUUGGCAUGGGCUUUGCCAAUGACUGGAGAGUGAUUGUGGCUUGUCGGAUGCUCGUCGGGAUCUUCGAGGCCGGGUUUCUGCCGUGCUGUAUGUAUCUUUUGAGCAGUUGGUAUCAGCGAUACGAAGUUCAGCAGAGGCAAGUGAUCCUCAUGCCAGACAUCCCUUCAUCACCACUGACCUCUGAGACCAGAAUGGCGCUCUGGUAUAUGAUCAACCUCUUCAUCUCCGCAUUUGGCAACAUCCUCGCCUACGCCAUCAUCAAGCUGGACGGAGCUCACGUAGGCUUCUCCUUCAUCGGAUACAUCUUCACCCUGCCCUUCCCAGACCAGCUCCUCGCAUCCGGAAAACGAACCGCCUUCACCCAGCAGGAGAUCGAAACCAUCCUCGACCGCGUGGAGCGCGACCGAGGCGACGCGGAGCCCGAUCCCUUGACCUGGCAAAAGUUCACGAAGCUCGUCGUACGCUGGGAGCUGUGGGUGUACGGCUUCAUGUUCCUUUGCUGUUCCGCGCCCAUCUAUGCCUUCGCCUACUUCAUCCAGAUCAUCCUCACCACACUGGGCUACUCCACCGCCGUGGUCUUCCUCCUCUGCGCCCCGCCAUAUCUCUUCAGCAUCAUCUGGACUCUCCUCGUCGCCUACGUUGCGGAUAAGACGCGGUUGAGGAUGCCGUGGAUGGUCCUCAAUGCGGCCAUCACGCUGACGGGACUUCUCCUAACGGCGUAUCACUCAAACAAUGGUGUGAGAUACUUUGGUGUCUUCCUAGGCGUGUCCGGCUGCAACGGCAACCUCCCGACCAUCAUCGCCUUCCAAUCCAAUAACGUCCGCUCCAAUAGCCGGCGCUCGGUAGCCAGCGGCGUGCAGAUGCUCUUCGCCGCCAUCGGAGGCAUCUACGCCUCGUGCACCUUCAUGCAGCAGGAGUACCCGACGUACCGGACUGGCGUGUGGUGCGCGGUCGUGACGCAGUUCUUGUUGAUCUUGUUGGUGGCGUUGAUGUGGUGGUACUUUAGGCGACAGAACAGGAAGGCCGACGUGCAGCGGGUUCCCAUCCAGGAUGAUCCGGCGUUUAGGUAUACUUUCUGA